AUGGGUGCGGUUACUGGAGUCACUUUCCUGCUCACUCUUUGCUUCUGCAUUGGCGAUAUCACAGAGACCGCAGUGACCAGUACCGGAGCUUCUGACAUUCUGCGACUCUACCGGCAGCAAGGUUGCCACCUGCAUUUGUCUAGCCUGAUUGCGGUGAUUGUCAUUGUUGCGGGUGUCAACAUUCUCGCCGAAGGAUCUCGCUCUGUCUUUGCCUUUGCUCGUGACAAUGGACUGCCGUUUUCGAACGUCUUCAGCAAGGUCGCGAGCAAGAGCCAGGUCCCCAUCAAUACCGUCCUUCUCACACUGACCGUCCAGUUGGCCCUUGAUGGCAUUGACUUCGGCGCCAUCACGGGCUUUGAGACUGUCAUCUCAAUCUCCACCGAAGGCUUCUAUCUGUCCCACGCAAUGGCCCUUUUCAACCGUCUGAUUGAUACUUCUCUGGCCAUGUCACCAAGCUCGAGGGUUCUUAUUCAUUCUCCACUCCGGUGUUGA